AUGGUUAAAGCAGCUGUUCUCGGCGCAUCGGGUGGCAUUGGCCAGCCCUUGUCUCUCCUGUUGAAGACUUCUCCGCUGGUUGACGAACUCGCCUUGUACGAUGUUGUCAACACUCCGGGUGUCGCUGCCGACCUGUCCCACAUCUCUUCUGUUGCUAAAAUCACUGGCUAUUUGCCGAAGGAUGAUGGCUUGAAGCAUGCCCUGACUGGAGCUGAUAUCGUUGUCAUCCCCGCUGGAAUUCCACGCAAGCCUGGAAUGACCCGCGAUGAUCUUUUCAAGAUCAACGCUGGUAUUGUGCGCGACCUGGUCAAGGGCAUUGCCGAGUUUUCCCCCAAGGCGUUCGUUCUGAUCAUCUCUAACCCCGUCAACUCAACGGUUCCCAUUGCCGCAGAGGUACUCAAGGCCGCUGGCGUCUUUGACCCUAAGCGCCUCUUCGGCGUGACUACCCUGGAUGUUGUACGCGCGGAGACUUUUACCCAAGAAUUCUCGGGCCACAAGAACCCAUCUGCUGUUAAGAUCCCCGUUGUGGGUGGCCACUCUGGUGAAACCAUUGUCCCGCUGUUCAGCAAGGCUACGCCCGCCUUCCAGAUCCCAUCAGACAAGUAUGAUGCCUUGGUCAAUCGUGUUCAAUUUGGUGGAGAUGAGGUUGUCAAGGCUAAGGAUGGCGCUGGAUCUGCGACUCUAUCUAUGGCUUUUGCUGGUUUCAGAUUUGCCGAGAGUGUGAUAAAGGCUUCCCAGGGCCAGACGGACAUUGUCGAGCCCACAUUUGUGUAUUUGCCUGGAGUUGCUGGUGGUGACGAGAUUGUCAAAGCUACGGGCGUCGAGUUUUUCUCUACUCUUGUGGCUCUUGGGGCGAAUGGAGCAGAGAAGGCUAUUAAUGUGUUGGAGGGCAUCACCGACCAAGAGAAGAAGCUUCUUGAGGCUUGCAACAAGGGCCUGAAAGGCAACAUCGAAAAAGGCAUCGACUUCAUCCAGAAUCCUCCACCAAAGUAA